CUGCUUGUUUGCUUCCUAAUUUUGAUUCUGGGACAGAAGAACUUUUAGUUUUGGGGAGGAACAGUAUCGCUUGAUGCAUCGGGAUGGCAAUUUAAAAGUUUCAAUUUCGUGAUAUUUGAGUUUCAUAUCAUCAUUUACUAAAUUUAUGGUUGUACAGGAAAACCAGCUCCGAUCAGGUUUGGCCGAAUUAAAAUUAAUCAGGUAGUGAGUGCAUCGCCCGUUAGUUUAUAGUUCAAGAAGAGUGAUCACCGACGAGUGUGAUAUUACUUGUAAUAUAGUUAUCGUAAUGGUAGUAAAACUUGAUGUGGGUUAAAAACUUAUAAAUUACUUAAAUGAAAGGUGAUGACAUCAUUAUUAAGUGAAAUGCUGACAAUCUAACAGUUUGUAAUCUAUUUGGCUGUAUACAUGCAAUGGAAAGGUGAAGAUGACACCCUUUCGACGAUGAUUAUCAUAAUGAUGUCGUCUUUGACGCAGAGAAAAUGGAGGAACAGAGAGUACAGUUGGAGAGGGACCUGAUCAUGAAAGAGCAGGAAACACUUCAUGUCUUGAAAGAACUGGAAGCAGCCAAACGACUUGUCGAAGAUUUAAGAGUCAAUCUGGUACCUGAGUUCUCCUCCUGCAUGGAUAGUCCCAACGAGUUCCUGUCUCCCGGUUUGAUGUUCGUGGAGUUGAAUCAGGCAAAAUCGAACCUUAACAAGACGUCAGACGAUCUUGCUGUAAUUCAGGCGUCUGUUGAGUGUCUGAACAGGAAACUGCGGAGAGAUAAGGUUUUGCUUGAGAAGAGAAGUAAGAUGCAAGUACAGUGUUGUCAAGGAGCCUUGUCUUUAGAUGAAAAUCAUCGGAGAAAUCCAGAUGUCAACAACACAGUAGAAGUUUUGAUGACUCUGUCUGAGGAGCUAAAGCAAGCAAAUUUUGAGGCCGAGCAGUUCAAGAAGAUGACAGAAGCCUCAAGAUAUGAGGUGAUGAAGGCGAUGGCGGAGAUAGAACGAACGAAGAACAGUAUCAAGAUGGCGGAAAUGAGGCUAAACGCAGCCAAGAAAAUGGAAGAAGCUGCUAAAGCAGUCGAAGCUAUCGUGCUUGCUGAGAGAAGGGCUCGUUCCAACGGUGAGAAUUCAGAGGAUGGUUUUGUGCAAAAAUCUGAUGGAAUAACUCUUUCGUUUGAAGAGUACCACGCUCUUACUCAUAAAGCAAAACAGGCCGAAGAGCUGUGCAAAACCAAGUUUGUUGACACCAACGGCCUUUCUCAGGUCGAUGAAGCCUGUCAGCUCGAAGAGCCUGUUUUGGAGAAAUUUGAGGAAACCGUCAAAGAAGACGAGCAAUGCCGAGAAGGGGAUUUGAUCAACCAAGAAGGGUCUCAUCGCUCAAAUGUCAUUGUCGAGGAUUGCUUUUCUAGUACACAUGUGGAGCACGGCCCCACACGACGGUCUGGAAAUAACUCUGAUAAAUUCAAGUUUAAGAAUAGAAAUACAGCUAGUCUCAAUGGAAAGGAAUCAUGUGUAACCAAAGAGAAGCCGACUCCCGGUUUUAGAACCACUUCAAUUGGGGACGUCCUGAGUAGGAAGUUGAUUCUACAAGACGAUGUGGUGGUCGGAAGGCACACGGAGAACCAUACUGAAACACGACGUGUUUCUUUGAGCCAAAUGCUGAAGGAACAGAGCAGACUUAUAUUACAUCCGAGCAAACGAACAGGAGACAGGAACGUCGAAAAGCAAUACUUUGUGCAGAGGAAGAAGUUUGGGUUCAUUCAAGUGCCGAUUCCCAUUAAGCAAAGCAAGAAAAAAGGUCAGCCUCUGAAUGUGAGGUGACGAGGUUCCAAGUCAAAUAAACUCUAGUACAUAGUAUUUCUAGUUUUCUCGUUGUUCGUUUCCCUAUGUUGUUUCUUUUGAUUUUGUUCAGAUGGGGUGUGUGAAUUGUGAUGAUUCUGUAUGAUUUUACUAUAUAGCCUAGAGCGAUUAAUGCUGCUUGAGUUAAACUCUUUGUUGCCCAGCUAAAGUCUAAAGAUGAUAUUCCUUAA